AGUGAUACUACAUAAUAAUAAUUAAACUUGUUUCGUUCAUAUUUUUACAUAAACUCAAAUCCUUUACAUGCAUGUUAAACUACCUAUAUGAGCUUUUUAUAUUUUUGUUUCAAAUUAUCUCUGAUUGCCACAAAAAUAUAUCAUUUUGCGUCAGAAACUGGCAGCCUUGCAAGGUACUUAAAGUAAAAUAAAAUGUCUAAGAAGAAUAUUCAGGAUCAGUCGUCAUUUCACUGACGAAGGAGUAUAGUUUGUUCGGAAUUGAACUAGAGUUUUUGCAUUGUUUGUUAAUUUGCCGGAGUCAGGUUGCAUCGCGCAAGGUUUUUUUUGUUAUUCUUAAAAUAAAGUAAAUAUUUGUUUUCGAUAUCGUUUUUCUCACUAGUAGCUUUGUUUCAUUUAUGACCGUGUGAUUCUCGUUGUGUAACAAGAAACUGAAUACUUAUGCCGAUUGUGGGAGAGUGUUUACUUUUAAAGUAUUUUGGUCUUAUCAGCGAAAAGAAAGCAAGAAGCAAAUAUUCAACGUGAAACGCGAGAACCGCCAACUUCAAGAUGAUUCCCAGUAAAAAGAACUGAUAGUUACUGCACGGCAUCUGUUGCUGAAAGAUCUCUUUAGUUUAUUUUGUAAAUCCGAGUGAUCCCGUGUUCUGAACGAAGACGGCCAUUAGGUUGUACACAGUGAAUCCGUAAACCAGCGACUAGUAUAGGGCUUUCGUAGUUUUCAUCGAUUCAUGGCUAGUUCUAUGAACAACAAAACACGUUUUCGUCGUAGACUUGCUGCGAUAUCCUUUCUGUCCAAUAUAUCUCUGGACGGUACUCAUCGUGAUACAAAAUUAGGUCCGCUGCACGGCUCCGGAGCAGGUGCUGUUGGUUUGCUAUCAAACGUUGACAACAACAAUGUCGGGGGAAUACGAACCACGGCCAACUUCGACGAUUCGUCGGAGGACAAUAUCGACACGCCUGGGACGGGUACACAGGUGGAAUAUUCGCACAAUUUCGAACAGUUUGAAUCCAACCUGAACGGAUCGACAUGCCCAACCGGCGCAAUGAGAAGAAUUCGUGCCCGAACAGGCACAUUCGGAAAAGGUUCCGACAGGAAUGCAGUUCACCGGAUCGAUAGCGAAGGAAACGUGAUUUACGCUAAGGUAGCCUCUACACCGCUGAAGGACAGAGAAAAUGUGAACCCCAACGAGGGACUUCACUAUUACUGCCCGGCGGAUAAACGGGCACGGGCUAAUUCAACGUCGCUUCGAGCUGGUUCCACCGGAGUCAAACGUUCGUUGCUUAUGAAUGCAAGCGCUAGUGACGAUAAACGAACGAUAGGCGAUUUGCCUAACAACAGUAGCACAGAGAGUCUCAUACAAGGAAGACAACGCAAUGUAAUCAUUAACGAACCGGUAGAACGUGAAAUUAAAUUUAUCCCAGCAGAUACUAGCCGGCAUCACAACUUUCGCGACGACCGUGUAGUUUUGAUGUCCAAACGGACACCUUGUUUUUUGUUUUCUGUGCUCCCUCACUACAAAAAUAAAACGUCACGUAUGGAAGCCCGUCGAGAAGGAAGACGACGUAAUCCAUCUGGCACAAGACCAUUGUCUUCAAUAAACGAUUCCCCAUUCGAUGCAUUCCGGUUACUAGGAAUCGAAAGAGGUGGAGAACCGGGACAGGAAGUGUCGUAUGGUCAUCUACUUAUUCCCUCCCGGCAGUACCACCGGGAAAAGAAACACGAGAAAGCUUCACGCAGCGCAUUCGAAAUUACAAACUUUGCCUCAUUGGAAAACCAUGCCGCAGCUCGCUAUUAUACCUACGAAUCAAGCAAUCGCAAUACCACAGCCAGUCCCUCACAGAAUACAAGCAGUCAGGAAAAAGGAGACAUCGACGAGGGUUUUACGUCAGUGUCGGGGAUUCAAUACUCGCCAAACAUUUUGGAUGAUCCAGAACUAAUUGCCGGAAAACAUCGCACGCUUUUAACCUUCACCUCGUACAUGACUUCAGUGAUUGAUUACGUACGCCCGUCUGAUCUCAAAAAGGAACUCAAUGAUAAGUUCCGCGAGAAAUUUCCUCACAUACAACUAACUUUGAGCAAAUUACGCAGCAUAAAACGUGAAAUGAAACGCAUCAAUAAACUGGACUCGCGAAUCGACUUUUUAACCAUCUCGCAGGCAUAUGUUUAUUUCGAAAAAUUGAUUUUAUCCAAUCUAAUAAACAAGGAGAACCGCAAGUUGUGUGCAGGCGCUUGUCUUCUGUUAAGUGCCAAAUUGAAUGACGUCAAGGGAGAAGUUUUGAAGAGCCUUAUAGAGAAAACUGAAAGUUUGUUUCGUGUCAAUCGUAAGGAAUUAAUUGCAUCUGAGUUUGCUGUGUUGGUUGCACUCGAAUUCAGCUUGCAUGUUCCAACUAGUGAAAUCCACCCACACUAUCAACGUUUGCUGUACGAAUCCUAAAUUUAUAGUUUGAAUAUCCAUAGUUGUAGGUUGUGGGUACAUUGGAUUGCUGUACUGUAAUAGGUUUGUUUCAGUUUAUUGGCUAUAAGCUAUAACAACCAUUCCCCAGAUAGAUCGUCAGUAUCAAGUAUGCAUAACAAAAACUACUACCAACAUGGUUGCUUAUGGUUUAUAUUUUUUUUGUACUAUGUUUCUAUUUUUACAUACGAAAUAAAACACUAUUAUUUUUGCA